CCUCUCGCGAGAGCACGCGCGUGAUUACGCACUCUGGGUAAAGCGGAGACGUUGCGGCCCUUUGAACUCGUCGUCGCUGCGCGCUCGGUCUGUUGUGUGAGACACUGAGAGAUCGGAGCUCUGAACAUGGCUGACAUGGACCAGCAGGAUUCCCAGGACGCACUGCACACCAGCAGCGACAACAACAGCGUUAACAACAGCGUCAACGAGGACCAGGGCGAUGAGAGCGCGGGAGAGGAGGCCCCCACCAACGGCGUCAAGAAAGAUGAAGAUUCUCCAAAAGAAGAAAAACCCUCAUUGAAGGAAAAAUCUACCGGAAACAGAAAGGGUAGUAGAUUCCACCCAUAUGGCAAAGACAGACCGUCUGGCUCUGGAGACAAAAAGGGUCAAAGUCGUAAUAGAGUAUUCAUCAGUAAUAUCCCUUAUGACAUGAAGUGGCAAGCCAUCAAAGAUCUUAUGAGGGAAAAAGUUGGUGAGGUUACAUACGUGGAGCUCUUUAAGGAUGCUGAAGGAAAAUCAAGGGGCUGUGGUGUUGUGGAGUUCAAGGAUAUGGAAUUUGUUACAAAAGCUCUAGAAGUAAUGAGUAAACAUGAUCUUAAUGGAAGACCCCUUAACAUUAAAGCGGAUGCAGACGGAGAGCAUGCACGAAGAGCUUUGCAACGUGGAGGUGGGCCCUUCCCUAGUGGUCAUAAUUCUGAAAUGGGUCCUGGAAUCAUGAAUCUCCCACCUUCAAUACUCAAUAAUCCUAACAUACCCCCAGAAAUUAUCACUGCCUUAAGAGCAGGAAGACUGGGUACUACUGUGUUUGUUGCUAAUCUUGACUUUAAAGUUGGUUGGAAGAAAUUGAAAGAGGUAUUCAGCAUUGCAGGAGCUGUAAAGCGAGCAGAUAUCAAGGAGGAUAAAGAUGGCAAAAGCCGUGGAAUGGGAACAGUUACCUUUGAACAGUCACUUGAAGCAGUACAAGCGAUUUCUAUGUUCAAUGGACAGUUUUUGUUUGACAGACCUAUGCACGUGAAAAUGGAUGAUAAAUCAAUCCCUCACGAUGACUUUCAUGCAAUGGAAAAUAAAGCACCUCAGCUACCUCGUGGUCUUGGUGGUAUUGGCAUGGGUCUAGGACCAGGUGGACAACCAAUCAACACAAAUCAGAUUGGCAUGGGUAACAUGGGUCCUGGAGGUAUGGCUAUGGAUGGUCCAGGCUUUGGUGGAAUGAAUAGAAUGGGAGGUGAUGGAUUUGGUGGAAUGGAAGGAAUUAAUAACAUGGCAGGAUUUAGUGGCAUGAGCAGAAUGGCAGACAUGUACCGAGGAGGAAUGGGAGGCAGCAUGGACAGAGAUUUUGGUCGCAGUGAUAUAGGCUUGAGUCGUGGAUUUGGGGAUUCGUUUGGAGGAAUGAGUGGUGCAAUGGUAGGCAGUUUUGGAGGAAUGAGUUCUUCUGCAAUGGGUCCCCUAGGCUCUGGAAUGAGCAGUGGCAUGGGUGCAGUAAAUAGUAUGGGUAUGGGUCUUGGCAUGGACAGAAUGAACACAAACUUUGACCGAAUUGGAGGUGGAUUGGACAGGAAUAUGGACAUGGACAGAGGAUUUGGAGGAUUUGGCUCUUCUCAGUUAGGAAGUGGUUUAAGAGAUCGGGGAAACAAAGGAUGUCAAAUAUUUGUGCGAAAUCUACCAUUUGACUUGACUUGGCAAAAAUUGAAAGAGAAAUUUAAUCAGUGCGGUCGCGUAGUUUUCGCAGAGAUAAAAAUGGAAAAUGGAAAAUCUAAAGGCUGUGGAACUGUACGAUUUGACUCUCCAGAAACUGCAGAAAAGGCAUGCAGAUUAAUGAAUGGCAGCAAAAUAAAUGGCAGAGAAAUUGAUGUCCGUUUAGAUCGUAACGCAUAAUUUCUUGUUUUUGUCCAAUGACAUUCCCAUAUUUGUUUAGUCUUUUUGGUAAAGAAAUUUUUAGUAACCGUGAGUUAGAGCGGUAAAGGCUGGUUUUAGUCUUUAAGCCUUUACCUAGUGUGGUGUUAAACAUGUAAUUUUGUUAUGGCUGCUUUUCCUUUCUCUUUAUUUUUUUAUUUUUUUUUUUAAACACCAUGUCUUAGUCAUUCAGUUUAAAUGAAUGGACAUACUGUUUUUAAUAAAGCCAUUUCACACAGCUAGUUUUGAAAGUCUGCCUUGUGGGGUUUUAGUCCUGUAUUUUAUUUUUGUUAUAAAACUGUAACAAUUGUUUGGCUUCACCACAGCUCCACUUCUACAAAAAAAAUGUAAGAAUAAAUGAACUCUGAACGGUUGAACAUAA